AUGGCAUCUUCCUUUGUCCGUUCGAAAUCUCUCUCAUCAAUACGAGUCCCCAACCCCUCCCCUCUCGUGCCCUCCAAGUUUUCCUCUUCUUUUCAAAUUUCUAAUUUCCCCAAAUCGGUAAAUUUUACAGAUUCUUCAUCUCAAGUUGAGGUCAAAUCCUCAAAAAGAACUGCAAAAAAUGAGAAGCGGUUCAUCGGAAACCAAGUUUUUGCAAGAGCUGGUUCUCUACGCCGCAAGCGCUGCUUUGAGCUGCUUGGUUUUGUUCGCGGGUCUCCGACAUCUCGACCCGAACCGCGAAGCGUCCAAGAAAGUAAUUAA